CUCGCGCACGUCUACUCGCGUUGAGCGCCGGGGGGGAGGCGCGCGGCGAAAAACUACAAAUCCCAGGAUCCGCACGCCUGGAAAUUCGCGGAAGUUCGGCGUCCUAAUGCGCGACGAUGUCAGAAACGGGGACAGAAAUGGCCAGAAUUCGCUUCAAAUGCGUUGAGUGCAACGCGGACGCGACCGAGUUGCACCGGGAUUAUAGCAACGGCAUACUGAAGAUAAUGAUAUGCGGGUCGUGCGCCAAGCCCGUGGAUAAGUACGUCGAGUACGACCCGGUUAUCAUUCUGAUCGAUGCCAUCCUGUGCAAACCGCAGGCGUUCAGACAUAUCCUGUUCAACACAGAAAUAAACAUCCACUGGAAACUUUGCGUGUUCUGCCUGCUGUGUGAGGCAUACCUGCGCUGGUCCCAGCGCCAUGGCUCAGACGCGACCAGUGACCCCGCCGACAUCAUCAGAUACACCAAAGAGUGGGACUUCUACGGGAUGUUCGCCCUCGCAGCUCUCGAGCUGGCCGUGUACUGUGCGGGUGUGUGGGCGCUGCUGUGGGCGGCGUGGUGCCUUCGCGGCCGCUCUGUGCAGACGGUCCCUCUGCUCCAGGCCCUGCUGCUCUCCUGCUACGGAAAAGUCCUGCUGAUCCCGGCGGUGAUCUGGGAACACGACUACUCCCCUCUUUGCUUCCGACUCAUCCGGCUGUUCACGCUCACCUCCAACACCCAGGCCAUACGGGUAAUCCUGAACUGUAGCAGACGACUGGCGGUCCUGGCCGUGUUCGGAGGACUGCUUCUGGAGACCUGCGCGACUCACGGUGUGUACAGACUGGAGCUAAGUGUGCUCGACUUCCUGCCUGACCUCCACACCUGAGCCUACCGUGCUGCCGUGAUGUCACAAUGCGCUCCGCAGAACGCGAUUGGUCGAACCCGUCUGAAAUCCAGUGCGCUUUCCACGCCGUCGACUUUGACCGCAGUCAGAGGGCAGUGGGCCAGACGCUCCAGGAACCGUUCUGCGCUGGUCUACGGCAGGUGGGGGUGGAACUGGGUUUGAAUCUUGGGCGCCCCAACGUAAGAGCACGCUAGCGUACCGUGUGACCAGUCGCUGUGACCCUCCUCUGACGGUGUGCGGAAAAACACUCGUGUUUUCUUUGUGCUGAGGAAAAAUGAAAACGAGCUUUGUGGAAUGGCAACUUUUCGUGUGUGUGUGUGUGUGUGUGUGUGUGUGUGUGUGUGUGUGUGUGUGUGUGUGUGUGUGUGUGCGCAGCUUUCUAAAUUGCUGUACUUUGCUUAAGGACAUUUGUCAAACAUGACCGAUACCUGGUGAACACACACUGAGUUCUGCCUGUUGAAAAUCAAACAUUUAUAAACCUUUGUAAUUUCUAGAUUUUUUAAUGUGAUGUUUGUGAAAUGUUAUGAAUAACAAGGUUUGGUUUUCGGUGUGGCUUGCAGACAUAAAAUAAAUGUAGUUGAGCUGAAUCGCUCCA